AUGCCUCCUUUCAAAGAUGAGCAUGUGCUCAUCAUUGCGCCCGGUUCGCAAAUCACUGCUGCACAACUUGGGCUGCCCGAGUCCUUUACGCCGCCGAGGUAUCGCUUUCCCACGCGCAUGUUCCCGGGCGCGAAUCCUGGAGAAUGGGAGCCCGUCAAAAUCAGGACGAAGAUUUCAACGAAGCCGAAAGUGGUCGAAGCAGAGCCCGCGCCAGCCCCUACGCCUCCCGAUCCAGAACCGAUUGAAGUCGAUUCCAAACCGGAUGUUCCUAUCACGAAUGGCAAGGAGGAGGAAACUAAACAAGCUAGUGGCGGGCAAGUAAACGGCGAGGAGGCCAAGUCCGAGCAAACAAACGGCGAAAUACUCAAGACGGAGCAGUCGAGGGAAGGGCCACAACCCAAGGCUGAAGAAUCCGCUGAAGAGCAACCUAAAGGCGAAGAGCGAAAAGAUCAGCCUGCUUCGUCAGAAGAUGUUGAGAUGAAAGAGGCCCCUCCAGCCGAAGAACCCACAAAACCCGAAACCCAGGAUGCCGAAAUGGUUCCGCCGCCAGAGCAGGAAGCACAAACAACCACCCAACAACAAGAAGAAGGAGAAGAAGAAGAGGAAGAAGAAGGAGAAGGAGAAGCCGCUGCCGCCGUUGAGGAUGAAACCACAGAGACAUUCGAAGACGACCACUGGUCCACCGAAGGCGCUGUCUACCCGAUCAAAGAAGGGCACAUUGAAAACUGGUCCUGUUUCUUUGCCCUCCUUUCGCACAUCUAUAACAUGAUCUCUCCUCCCUUCCAUAUGCCGGUCCUUUUCGUGGCACAACCCUGUUGGACCGCACGAGAUCACGAAAUGAUAACCCAGUAUGUCUUUGAACACUGGAAGAUCCCAGCAUUUUGUCUGAUGGAUGCCGCAUUAACGGCAUGUUAUGCAUAUGGUGUGCCGACUGCGUUGGUGUUGGAUAUCGGGCAUGAGAAAUGUGAUGUCAGUGCGGUCACCGAGUUUCAGGUUAAUGAUAUUGGGAGGGGCAUCGCCCUUUCCGGAUGUGGUGGUCGAGCGAUGACCAAGCGGCUGCAACAGGCGCUGGAGAGCCAGGGGUUUGACGAGGACAUGGCGGAGCAGUUGAAAAAGAGUCCCAUUUGCGAGAUUUUGCCAGCGGGAAUUCCUUAUCCAAGGUCUUCUUUUAGCGGCACAGCCGCCACUGCUGUUAACUCAGCUGCGGCUACAUCUACAGGGGCGUUGGACUCUGGGAUGAAUGCGAAGGACGGCGAGGGAUUAAGACCAGGUCAGGUACCCCGAGGGCCGGGAAUGGGGACCGUGGUGGGGGAAGAGGGUCCUAAUGGCGAUGACGAGGAUAAUGAGGGCGUCCUCGACGUCGCUGCCAUCGUUGCCCGCGACAACGCCGCCGAAGUACUUGCAAAGCGCGAACGGGAGAAGGCCGAAAAGGCCGCGGCGAAGAGAGGUGGCGCUGCUGAAGCUGCCAGACAAAUCCGACUACGCAAUUCAGAACGAGAACGAGCUACUUUUACCUACGUGGACUUCGUCCCUGUCGGUGAGUCGAACGAUGCUGAUCAACCCAUCAGUCGAAAACGAAAGCGAGAAAUUGAAGUUGGAGUGGAACGAUUCAUGGCAGUAACUCCGCCGCCAGGAGCAUGCGAUGGAAUCGUCGACAUAAUCGCGGAGGCGAUCCAUCAUACCAUCUUGAGCGUUCCCGAUAUCCCCCAACGGGCAACUCUCUGGGACAAUCUGAUCGUACUUGGUAAUGGAAGUCGAAUCAGAGGCUUUACAACAAACCUUCUCUCCGUUCUCAACUCACGAUAUAUCCUGUCUCCGUCAACCGCCACGAUCUUCACCUCCGAGCUUCCCUCAAAUUUCACAACUCCGGUCGCCACGCCUGGGACAAACACACCCAUCCCCGGCCAGGGAAACCACCCCUUCCACCACCCAGGCGGCGGCGUCAACCCUCUUCUUGUCGCUGCAACCAAGAACAUGAUGCAGCCUAACACGCAGUCCCAACACCUUCAAGUCCCUGGUGUGAACCCUUCUCUGGGAGGAACGCCCUCCGCAGAUCCCAGCAACCCCAUGUCCACCCUCUCCCACCAACAUAGAGGGUUCUCUCAGUCCCCAAUCUCCAUAAAACUCGUCAAGCCGCCCGAAUAUUUCCCGGAGUGGAAAAAUCCGGCCAUGUCGGGCAUGGAAGAAGCUGGUUUCUUGGGAGCUCAAGUGGCAGCCAAAGUGGUCUUUAUUGUGGACCAGGGUAACAGCAAGGGCUUCUUGAGCCGGAGUGAGUAUAAUGAGUUGGGUCCCGGAGGCAUCCAUGAGUGUGCCAUGUAG